AUGGCUACCCAAGUAGCAGCCCGAACUGCCACGGCCACAGCCAAAGUCCUCCCACCUUCCUCACCCUUCAGUGAGCUCCUCCGGCGUUCACGAUUCGCCUCCUACGACCCGGAGAUCCGCCAAGCCUACGGGGCGCCUCCCUCCUACAUCCACCGGGGCAACUGGGGCCUCAAGCGCCCCAUCGCGAACAAGAAGCGCAACAGCUACAUCGUGCUGAAGAACUUCGAGGAACACGCGCAGUACAUCGAGUGGGACAGCGCGGAGGAGCAGGUACGCUUCCUCAAGCGCGUGGAGGAGCUCAACGUCGCUCCGAAGCUUGUGGACCAGACGAAUUGGUACGCGAGCCUGGGCCCGCUGGCGACGACGUAUGCGAGUGGGCUCGACUCGGAGUUCUGCCCUGGGGAAGAUGGCAGCUUUGGGAGGGGGAAGAGGAGGGCGGUCGUUGAGCAGGAUUCGGUCAAGGCCGAGCAAGAGCUGGAGGUAGAUUUGGUGGACGACUUGGAGAAAACACAGGGCAAAGGCAAGUAUGGCGCCAAGGCUCCACCUCCACGAGCAAGGCGGGGUGAAGACAAGGGCCAGACGUUCCUCCAGCCGAACAUUAUGGGGAUGCCGCCACGGAUAUUCAAGCAGUACCUGAAGAAGCUGCGCGAGAUGCGCCCCGAGUUCCUCGAUUUCCUCCGCAAGGAAAUGCUGCUCUCAAAAAAGAAGGCUGAGGUUAACCCCAAUGUGAAGAACGUGCUCGACCCGGAACCCAUCACCGACGAAGAGCUCGUAACACAAUUUGCAGAGAAGCUCUAUGUGUUCUCGACGAACUACCACAUGCGCUUCCUGGGCUUCAAGAACGAGGCUUCCUACACAUCUAGUGGCGAAGAAUCAUUGGAAGCAGAGGUUCCACCAAACGCACCCCAACCCAUCCGCCCACAACCACACAGACUCGGCGGGCUCAUGUACGCCCUGCCCACCCCCACCGAGACCUACUACUCUACCAAACCCCAACCCGGCUACGUCCUCCAGACUACCACCAGCGACUCGCGCCUCAAUCGGCCCCCCUCCGAUUACAUGGCCUCCUUCGCCGGGCUCUCCGCGUAUAUCACCGAGCCCGGCACGACCACACCGACGCCCGUGUUCAACCUCGACGCAGGCAUCGACCCCGCCGCCUCCCCAGCCUCCGAGAGCCCCAUGCGCCUGCUCGACAUGCGCCUCGAGAAGCUGCCGGACGUCGUCGGCAAGCACGCGACCGCCAUCCCUGCGCGCAAAGUCCAGAUCCGCGCGGAAGUCGCGAUACCCGACGGCCCGACGCACGAACACUGGCGCGAGAACCCCCACAAGCCAGGGAGCUUCGAGUACAACGCCCAGAUGCCUUCUGGCGCGCGGUCGACUGUGUCCAUCCCGCUGCCGAGCCGGGCGGUAGGCGCUGGGAGCGUAGGAGGAGGACGCCCCCCGCUCGCAGGCAUCCCGUCGCACUUUGCAGCAUCGUCCUGGGCUGCGUUCACUAUGGGCAACAAGAUUUACGAUCGAAGCGCCAGUGCGACGAAGCUUGCGACGGGCUCGUUCGCGCGGCCCCAGUCGCACGGUCAGGAUCCUGACCUGAUGACUGGGAAGGAUGGGAGUACUCUGGACUUGUUGGCGACGAUGGCCCAAGCUCCAGGAGCAGCGCCCAAGAAGAAGACGAUUAAUUUGGCGUAUCCCAUUCUCAACGCGGUUCGCGAGGCGGAGAGUGCAGGUAAAAAGGAGGGCGAGGGUGAAGGCGAAGGCGAAGGCGAAGGCGAAGGUGAGAAGAGCUCAUGA